AUGGUUGCUCAGAUCUUCAAGAGCCGUAUAAUUGCAGCCGCAGGGCCUCUCCCUGGUCAGUUGACAGUGGAAAACCUGAGGCGAUGGACCUCACUUCGCAAAGGCGUCUUUAUCGAGGACUUUGACGAGACUGUCACUCAUCUCCUCUGCACCAAGGAACAGUUCGACAAGAAACUUCCCAAAGUCAGAAAGGCAUUGAAACUUGGAAAGGGCAUUCACAUUGUUCAUUGUGACUGGUUCGAGUACUCGACAGUCAAGAACAAGAAAUUGCCUGAAGCGGACUAUUCCAUGAGAAGUCUCGUCGCAAAGGAAAACGCAAAGAAGAGAGAAAAGGCUCGGAUCGAGAAGGGUAAAAGGAACGCGGAGAAAUUUGUUAACACAAACCUCUUCCACCUCUAUCGAGACCGUCUUAACUUUGUCUACCAGGUCGACAUCACUCGAGAUAAUGAGUUCACAGGCGAGUUCGGACAGAAGUAUUCUCUUUGUUUAUGGGAGUCCAACGCCAAACCUCACUUGUACUGGUUCACGGCCAAAUUCCUCAAGCAUAAGGGCAGCGCUCAGCCCGUGUAUCACCGCCCUAGUCCUCACGAGGGAAAAUGGAGGGCGCAGAUGGAGCUGUUCGUGGACUUCUUCAAGAAGAAGACCGGGAUCGAUUGGCAAGAUCGCGUAUCACUAGCCCAAACAAUGCCCAGUUCGUAUUUUCAGUACGAGCCUCCGUCCAGAGGGAAACCCAUCGGGAGACGUCUGAAGCACGACAUUGAGUAUUGUCGAGAGAUCAAUGCUGGGAUUCGUGGAUUGCCGUGGCCUCCCCUCGAGGAAGAAGAGCGUAAGACUGACUCGGUUGAAGAUGAGUCUGAUGAUGGCCCAAGAGCCCUUGAAGAAGAAGGCGAAGACGAAGUGAUGGUUUCACCUCCCGAUUCCCCUCGCGCUCCAAAGGACGAGUCUGGCACGGAUCCAAAGGAGUCUGGAGACGACAUUGAAAUGGCUUCUCCUCCUGAUCCUGAGAAGCUUACCGAUGAAAACGAUUCCUGCUCCAGCUUUAAAAUCCCUCGAGAAGAAAGGGAAGAUAUUCCCCCUUCUGAGUUUGAGCAUUCUCAAGACGAAAAAGCAGCUAUCGCUAAUUCAGAGACCCUUGAGGGCGAAAAGAAGGCCGAAUCACCUCCUGAGUCUGAAGAAGUUCAGGAAGCAGACAAACCGCCUGAUGCCUCUAUGGACGCAGAGACCAAGAGUGCUCUUGCUACCCCAGCCUCUUCUAUUGAUAAGAAAGACCUCUCACAUGCAGUAGACGAGGGCGCCGCCGUGGUUCCUGGUGAUGUAGGCGAGAUUGGAAUCUCCUUUGAAUUCGAGACACGAGAGUCUCUUUAGUUGGAGUUCAUCUGAUGGUUAUGGGUAUUACAGGCUUGCUAUCUUGCUGGGCAUGACAGAAACGAGUGCGCCAGGUCUCGGGUUAUCAAUUUUGAAUCUCAACCCCAAUUGCUAGGGAGCUUGAGAAUGGGUUACUAUCGGCUGGGGCAGCAUAUGAUUGGGACGUGCAUAUCUUGGGAAACUUGGGGACAGUUGCUCAGUAAGCUUGGCGUAUAUGGAACGAUAGCUAGUUACACAGCAAUGCUCGUAAUGGCUUAUAAUUUAUUCAUUUAUACACAAACCGAUGUGUUAUUGCCAGUCUCCUUGUUGUUUCCGAGCUUCAGAACCUCAACUUCGGUAAAACAAAGACCACGAGUGUGCAUGCCACAGCAAGCAAAGCGAUAUAUGCAUACAGGAGUAGCCUCCCAAAAUAUCCCUUUCCUUCUGUCAUCCUCUUGAGCAUACCCAUUCGCCCCUUCGCCGCCUCCAUGCUCUGUUCCGUCUUAUCCAUUCCCUCACCUGCACGCGCCACUACGUCCUUGUCUGCCUCAAGAGUAGUUGAGAACCGUUGUGAGCUUGACUUUAGGGCACUCGCCAUCUGAAGAAUCGAUUCGGAAAGGGCUUCCUGUUCG